AUGGAAGAAAGGAAUUUUAACAAUAUAAAAAUUCAUAAUCAAAAAAAGGAUUAUUUUAAUCAUCCAUUUUCUAUUGAUAAUUUACUACAAAUAUGCAAUCCUAUUAAAUCUCUUGAAAUAUUUUCAAGUGGAAAUUCAUCUAAUCAAAAUAAUUUUUCAAAUGAACAUAAAGAACAUACAAUUUCAGGAGAAAAAAAGAAAAGGCACAGAUCAACUUUUACAGCAACACAAAUUAGAAUUCUUGAAUAUGAAUUUAUGAAAUCACGUUAUAUAUCUACAGAACACCGAUCCAGACUAGCAAAUUUUUUAGGAAUAAGUGAACAGCAAAUAAAAAUAUGGUUUCAAAACAGAAGAUACAAAACUAGACUGCUGUUUUUAAAUAAAAACGAAAAUAAUUCAAAUUGUAUGGCAAGCUUAAAUAUGCAAAAUCAAAACUAUUUUACAGCUCAAAAUCAUGCAGCCAAUUAA